AUGACAAGGUUUAAUGUGACCGUGAGUUUUAAAAAUUUUACUCUUAUUUGUUAUAAAAAUGUAGAGAAAGCAUAUUAGACAGUAAAUAUAGCCAAUAACAAAUUAAAGUGAUUAUGAGUACGUUAAGCUUAAUUUUGUAUAAUGUGUAGUAACACAUGUUGUAGUGAAGUAAUGCAUUUUAAUGUCACAACAAUUAGCUAUAUUUUAAAUUUUAGGUUGGUGCUGACACUGGUUCUAAUGGUAUGAUCAUUCCACAAGACGUCGUAGAUCACUUAGUAGAUAAGUUAUAUGCUACAUAUCUUUACAAUUCCUUUUAUUCACCUUAUACUUACGUGGUAAUGGAUAAUGUAAAGUUAGAUAUAGAUUUAGUCAUUGAUAAUGUCACAUACACUUUUGACAUCAAGAAUUUUCUUGACCAUUUUGCUAUUAAUACUGAGUUAAAAAGGUUUAAAUCGGACGGUCUGCCAACAACACUAAAUCUAAAGAAUAACACGGAUGUCAAAGACAGAUGGAUCUUUGGUGCUGGGUUAGUUAAAGCGUUUUGCAAUGUCCAUGAUGUUCAGAAUCGCAGAAUUGGCCUUGCGAACGUAAAACAAUCGACAAAAGAAGGUUACAGAUAA